CCAGCGCGACGAUACGACGCGCCAACCGAGCGAACGAGCGAGCGAAAGGCCGAGAGGGACACGAGUGUGCGUGUGUACAAAAAAUUGAAUUUUUCCCAGUCGUUCUCCAUGUUUCGAUUAUUCGAUAAUUAGUUUUUAAUUAUUGCCUUCGUUUUUGAUUUUCGUGUAUUUCUUUUGGCGCGAACUUUUUUAAAAAAACGAUCCACGAGCGUGCUGUUAGUGACAAGUGCUUUGAUAAUUACGUUUCAACGGUUUCACAAAAACAAAAGAGUUUGGGAAAGAGAUUAUUGAAUAUUCAUAAUCGGUCUUAAAAGAUCGAGGAUUUGUGCGACGAGAGCUCUAAGUUCUUCGCCGAAGAUGGCAGCCAGUGGGAUUCCGAUCGUCGUCCUUGUGCUGUUACAUCUUGCAGCCAGCGGAAAUGCGGCGUCACUGGAAAUAUUACCGACCGGUGAUUUGCAGCGAAAACCAAUCGACUCGAAGCUCAUAAUGACGUGUAAGGGAAAAGGUGAACAAAUAACGAACCUCCAGUGGCUGGAUCGAGACAAUCGACCUAUCGAAGCACGCAGGCUCCUCGUGUUGCCGAUCGAGAGCGACAGCAAUGACGACGCGGGGGGAACUGGCGAAGUUUCUAAUCCGCACAUGUGGACGGAGUCCCAUCCGCCUAAUAGCCUCAUGCUCUACAUUUAUUCGCUCAAGGAAAAUCAGGCUGGUAAAUACACCUGCGUCGCUACUUACGCCAACACCGAAACCCUCGAACAAUCGGUGACGAUCGAGGCCAUUGAUUCGAUAAAAUGGAUCGAUGCGCCCGAAGAUCAGUAUCCAAUUCUUGGCAAAGACUUCAAGAUAAAAUGUCACGUUAGUGCGAAACCAUCCCCAACGGUUGACUGGCUCCACGACGGCAAGCGCAUCGAGACCGGAGAUCAUUACGUAAUCGAGACGCACGCUUUGACGAUUAAAAAAGUCGUGGAAUCGGACGAGGGCAUUUACACGUGUCGGGCAUUGGUGAUCCCGACGGGAGAAGUUCAGGAACGCGCCAUACGCGUCGAGGUACUCGAAGAGCCAAAGAUCGAAGAGACCCAUUCGGAGAUCGAAAUAGUGGAGGGUAAAACGGAGACGAUAACGUGCAAGGCGAGCGGAAAGCCUCCCCCAAAAUAUACGUGGGUGAAAUAUUUAACGCGAGAAGAUCUUUCGACGACCGAUCGUUUCGGGGUCGACAAGGAUCUGGGAUUGUUGACGAUAACGAACGUGAACCGUGAGGAUGGCGGAGAAUAUCAGUGCACGGCGAACAACACCGCGGGACAGGCACAAACCAUAAUCAAAGUAUCGGUGAUCGGUAAACCGAAAAUAAUGGAGUUUUUCAAUCGCACGAGCUCGGUUGGCAAAACAGUAGAAAUAACGUGCAAAGCCUUCGGACGACCCUCGCCGGAAGUCUUCUUCCGCAAGCACACAAGCGCAAAUCCUUACAAAAUCGGUAUCCAAUCGGACGACGACAGAAUAACGCUCAGCAGCAUUCCCGACAACGCGAAAGGCGAGACCGUCGCUUCUUUAUCGAUCGAAAACGUACUACGCGAUGACGACGGCCUGUACGAGUGUAUAGCGAAAAAUAAGGUCGCAACUGCCUACAAAAAUGGCCAUCUGACCGUCGAAUUCCCACCAUCCUUCGCCUCGAUGAACAACAAAACUGUUUGGUCCUGGGAUCAACGACCCGUCAACCUCACCUGCAUCGCUGAAAGUAUUCCGAAUGCUACUAUACGCUGGACUAUGAACGGUAACCGUCCGAUCGACACCAACGAUCCCAUGUAUCAACAAAUCGGCAGCGGUCCCAUUUCCACUCUCAUGGUUAAACCCUUUGAUCAACGAUACUACGCCAUCUAUAAAUGUCAUGCCGAAAACAUUCACGGAUCCCGGGAACAUACCAUCACUCUCAAAGAAGCCGAAAAACCCGGUUUCGUACAACAAGCGAGGAUGGCCGAAAUUACAGCGACCACCAUUGCCUUCACUAUUUUACCUCCACCCACGCAACCGGAAUUACCAUUGAGGACCAUCACCGUUCAGUACAAGGAGGAACUCGAACCUUGGACAGCCGCCAAAAAUAGAACGUGGUCCAUUGGCUCGCCGUACGUGCUCGAAAAUUUGAAGCCACAGACGCAGUACCAAUUCCAAUUCCGAGCGAGGAACGACGUUGGCGACGGAAACUGGGGCGCCAAUCUAGUAGAAACGACGCCGCAAAGAAAUUUCCCGAAUCCGCCAAGAAUUCAAGUGCGCUCGGGCGAAGCGCUUUACGAGGUCUCUCCGUUUACCAAUCAGUACCAAUUGCAAUGGCAUGCACCGCCCGAUAAUGGCGAACCGAUCGACAUGUACGAAAUACGUUAUUGCGAAGUCAAACGUUUGUCAGGCAAUGAUUGGGACGUUAUGGAAGGCACAUGCAUCGUCAAUGAGAUCAAAGGACAAAGAACUAAAGAACUGCUCAAGAGGCUCAAAUCGAAUUCGUAUUAUCUAGCCGAGGUCAGAGCUCAUAACAUCAUUGGUUACAGUAAUCCCGGAUUCAUCUAUUUCCGCACUGCCGAAGGAGAAAACAUGCCGCUCGUUCAUAAGGGACCGCUGAUUUCGAGUGCAGCCAUCAUUGGCAUCGUCAUCGCCGCAUUGUUCCUCCUCAUCGUCAUCGUCGACAUUAUUUGCUGUUGCACGUACAAAAUAGGAAUUAUUUACUACGUGUGCGAAAGGUCAAGAAAAAAGCCAAUGGACGAGGAGGACACGAAGCUUGGCAGAGAAGAGAAAGAACCAUUGAAAGAGGAAAAGAAAAUCACGCCGAUCAUCGAUUCGGGUCUGAGACGCGAGACAUCGAUAACGUUUGAUGGCAAAAGAUCAGUAUCGAAGACCGGUUUCGUCGGCAAGGAUUCGGCCGUCUAGAUAUUCUUCCGGCGUACUAGAUUGUAAAUUGUUGGACGCGCGUGGCCAUGAAAAAAACAAUCAAUUCACACAUGCACCCAGUAAGGAAUGAUUUCUGGCCACGAAGUUCUCGGAACUCGAAGAAACCGCGAUUUUCUCGAAUCUCCAUCUCCGUACCGUAACAAAUUUUGAGUAACUGUCAAAAUUUAUCAGGAUAAAAAUCAAUUCAUUUUCAAUGAAUUUUUUCAUCGACGUGAUCGGGGACGUUCUCGAGCGAUCAAAUCGCUGGAAAGCAGGUUGGUCUCAAUCCGAACGAAGCCGAUUCGCACACCGGUCGAGAUAAACAAAAAAAAAUAACUAACUCAUGCAAUCAUGGAAAAAGCAACGCGAAUGAAAACGCUAUCAACGAAUUAAGUAGACCGAAAUAUGAAAGCAAAUUUCUGCCAUUUGAACCGACAACUCGAAAGAGAUUGGACGAUCUUUUUUUUCAAAAUUUCACCUUCAAAUUUAUGAAUUCACACUAAAUAAUGACGAGGAUUUUCGACGUCAAGCUAACCAAUUAUUUGCCAUCGAUUCUGUGCAAGUUCGAUACUUUUUACCGUCCGAUGAAAACUCACACAAUCAUGACUUUUUAUCACGUGAAAAAAUCCUCCGAAAAUGUCUCCGUGCGUUGGAAAAAUUCUCUAUUCUCACACUCCGGAGCUCUUACCAAUCAAAACUUGACUUCACCGCAACGAACAAUUUUUUCUACACAUUUCCGACACACGAUUUCCGACCCACCGCGUUUCGCCCCGCUAAAAAACACCCUGAACAAAUUUUAUUCGAUUUCGAUGACACGGCUCUGACGGAGUGAAAAACGAAAAUACUUUCCGGAAUAGCCAAACCGAUAUCGAACUGCAAUAGCUCGGAAAUUCGUCAAAUUUCCAUCGUUCGCGACAGAUCAGUAUUAUUUAAAACUAAAAUUACUUAAAACGAAAUUAGUUUUUUAUUUUAAUCGCAGUAGCCCCAGGAGUACACUUUUGGGUCCGAAAGAUACGAAAAAAGUGCAAUGACGCGAGUUUGUUCUCGAAGUAAGGAAAAAAUAAAAAUCGGCUUAUACACGGUCUUUUGGCGCACACGCGUUUCUAUGCUAAAGGAAGAAAAAACUUGAGUCACGUUUCCCAAAAACGAUCGUCGAGAUGGGCAUGGAAAGAGUGUAUUCCCGAGGAUCUCGAUGCCGAUUUUAUCGUACGAUACAAAUAUCAAAGAUACAAAAUACAAAGUCAAAAGUAGAGUUGCAUAAUUGAGUACAUUAGCGCAGAACUAUUUUAUUCUUCACGCGUGUAUAGAAAACAUUUGCAUCGUUACGGAUUAUCGGACCGAUCGAUUUACCGUCGUCGCGAAAUCGAAGUAGCUGCACUUCAUUCGUCAAAUAGCACAGAGCUAAAAGUAGAGGAAUUGAAGAAACUGAAAAACAUAACCGAACGGUAUAUGAAUAGCGAGAAUAAAAUGUAUAAAGAAAAAUAAAGAGUUGGAGUAAUUGCGAAGAAAUUUGAAACGGGAAAGAGAUCUCGUGGUGAUUUAUCCGUAGGAUUGCGAAACAAUUAAAUAGAGGUUACUUGCGCUUCGGGAAAGCUUUUUACAACCGUAUAGAGAUAAUCGCGGUCUAGUACGCUGGAUUUUUUCACCCCCUUGUUCGCCCGGACCUGGCCCACAACUCGAUAAGCGACGGAUGAUAAGUUUUUUCUAUUUUUUCAAUUUUAUUUCCAUGCACUGGGCUGAUUCAGUAUUUAGGAAAAUCAUCCGUCGCUUAUCGAACGUUACAUGACACUGAUGUUGCGCCAACGGGUGGAAAUGAGUCUUGUGAAAACGAGAAUAAUUGGGGAUAUGAAAAUACGCAGUCACGAGUUUCGUGAAUCAUGCAAUUUUAUCUGUCCCCCCACCCCCCUUAUGUAUAUAAAUACUUAUAAUAUCUUCUCGAACAAAAAGUCCUUUUUUAUUGUCUCAUUUCAUUCGUAUGUGAAUCCGCAUUGUUGACGUACGCGUCAUUCGAGUAAGCCGAAAUUGUUACCGUGAAAACUUCGUGUAUAUCAUUGAAACUUGCCAAAAUCGACACUCUCUGAUAUCGUUUACUCUUCAAGACUGAUAUUUUAUUACUCCUUUUCAUUUUCUCUCUUCAAGGUAAUCGUUGCUGACAAAAACGAUUGAUUUUAUAUACAACUACGUACGGAUACGAUUUUUAUUGAGAAUUCACUAUUCUCCAAAGAUGCACACUCUUUCGUUUACGAAAUUAAGAUAAAUUUUUUGUACGUCUUUUGCCCCCUCCCUCCUUUCAAAGUGCUGAAAUAAAUCUUCGAAUACGUACGUCUGCAGAUGUAUGAUGAAAGGGAGCACGCUUAUUGUUUUUCAUUUUUCAUAUUACCUUAAACAAAAUGAAUAAUUGUACAAAACACUGAAGAAAACGAAAUACCGUGUCGAUGAAGGAACCUGCCAAAUUAGUUCAUUGAAAUAACGAGGUUACUUAAAUCUCUUAUUUAAUUAUAAUUAUUAUCGAUUAUUUCAAGUGAGAAGACGAGAGAAAAAUUUUCAUUUCUCCAUUAAUUGCUCCGAAAACUAUACGGCCAAACGAAAUCACUAUGGUACAUGCUUUUUUUGCGAGAGAAUUGUAAAGGCAGUCAGAAAACGGGAAAAAGGAAAAUGAAAAAAAAAAAACAAGAAAAAAAAAACAAAAUGUGAUAAGUUUUUGUAAAUGCUUAUAAACGUUCUCUACCCUUGUCCCUCGACCCCCUCUCCGAAUCUUGAAUUAUCUUUAGGACUAUUCGAUUUUAGGCUUAGCGAAAAGUCCUAGCGAGUAAAAUAAUUGUAAUUAAUUAUAAAUAAUUAUGAUUAAUUAUUGGGUAUUAAGAGAUCAAAGUUUGAGAUUUAUGAAUAAGAAGCCACGAAUAGAACACGUGCACGAGCGCGGAUAAACGCGUUUGCCUUGUCAUUAUUACUAUGUGAAUAAAUUUGCAAGAAAAAAAACGUUACUUCGAUCGAGCUGAGUCAAAUUUUUGGCCGAUUUUCACGGUCAAUUAUAAUAAUGAACAUUCGAUAUCAUUAAUUGAAAAACUGUUUUAUAUUUAUCGCUAGAAGUGUAUCUCUCACGUUCGGUUUUUCACGUCGAAAAGGGCCAAUUUGACUGAACUGGAGCGCGGCAAUUAUUUUUACGUACAAUUUCGCAAGUACAGUCGUGACAAAAAAGUUUCAUGGAGAAAACGAUACUCACAAUCAAAAGUGUCCACGAUCUUUAAGGUGUUCGAUUACCAUAAUUCUCAACAUGAGUUUCGAAUGCAAUAUUUAUUCGAGGACUUUUCAUUUUCCGCAAAGUUCGAACGCGAUGUUACGGUCAAUGUUCAAAGUACGCAGUUGACAAAAAUAUUUUCAGCGAUUAAGAAAAAUAUGGUAAAUAUGCUACAAAUCAAUGAAAAAAAAUCCAUUUUCUCCGAUGGUGAAAUACGAUUGUUACUUGACAAUUAUUUUGACACGACUGUACGUGCAAGGAAAGUCUCGUGACGGAAAAAACUAUAAUUGUAAGCCUCGUUCGUGUCUUAUCCUUGAUUUUUCAUCUCAACAGAAAAAAACCAAAUCGUACAAUCACGAAAAGACACGUCCGAAGAUUUUGUUGUGUGUGUACCGCUAACGCUUUUUCCGCGCGCGGCUAGCUUUUUUACCGUGAACCGUGACAAGACCGUUUUGCCAAAUAAUGUUAAGAAUAAAAAUACCAGUACUUAUUAGUCAUGUAAGUUUAAAGAAAAAGAAAAACAAACCAGUAAAUUACGAUCGUCAUGUGGAGGAAAUUUUCUGUUUUUCUAUCCUGUCGAACGUAGAUUUUUCGCCCGAAAAAAAUCGCCCAAAAAAAAGGAACAAAACAAAAUAUCGAUAUCCCGAAUUAAAAAUACGUACGUGGGCUCGCUGUAAUUCAGGAUAAAUAUGUACGUACAUUUAAGAAUUAAUAUUGCUAUUUUGUAUUCGUUGCCAAAAUCAAAUACAUGUUUCAAUUAUAGCUUUUAUUAUUAAUAAAUAGAAUAACAAUAAUAAUAAUCAUCAUAAUGAAUAAUGGCUAAGGAACACACGAGAAAAUAUUAAUUGUGAGAAAGUAAAAUUGAAUGAAGAAAUCAUAGUAUUAUUGCGCAUCUUCCACUCCUAAACACAUCAAAGUUUGUAGGUGUAAGGCAUAUUUUUUAUGUAUAUGCUUUUUCUGUACGCGACGAAUCGAAAAAAAACUCGAAUAAAGAGAAUGGAUAAAAGAA